ACAUAUAUACUAGGGUCUCUACCGUGUGCAAUGAUGCCUGUCAGAUUCGUCUUCAUCAUCAUCCCGUGGCUAAGUGCAAUGACGAACAUCAUCAACAUAAUCAGCGGCAUCGUCUCCGUCAUAAAAAGCACCACCAUCGUCGCCUUCGUCAUCGUCGUCAUUAUCAACAGCAUCAUCAUCAUUGUUAUCAUCAUCGUCAUCAUCUUCGUCAUCAUCGUCAGCAUCAUCAUCUUCAUCAUCAUCAUCGUCGCCGUCAGCAUCUGCGUCAUCAUCAUCAUCAUCAUCAACAUCAUUGUCGUCAUCGUCGUCAUCAACACGACGAUGACGACGAUGAUGUCCAUGAUGAUGAUGAUGAUGACGGCGAAGAUGAUGACGACGACGAUGAUGAUGAUGAUGAUGAUGAUGAUGACGACGAAGAUGAUGACGACGAUGAUAGCGAUGAGGAUUAUGCUGUUGAUGAUGACGACGAUGACGAAGGCGACGAUGGUGGUAAUUUUUAUGACGGCGACGAUGCCGCUAAUGAUGUUGGUGAUGUUGAUGACGUUGAUGAUGUUGAUGAUGAUGUUGUUGAUGAUGAUGAUGAUGAUUAUGAUGAUGAGGAUGAUGAUGAUGAAAAUGAUGAUGAUGUUGAUGAUGAUGAUGAUGAUGAUGAUGAUGAUGAUGACGAUGAUGAUGGUGGUGAUGAUGGUGGUAAUGAUGAUGGCGAUGAUGAUGAUGAUGACGAUGAUGUUGGUGGUGAUGAUGAUGGUGAUGACGAUGGCGAUGAUGAUGAUGAUGGCAAGUAAGAAUCAUGGGGCAUCUCGCGAGGAAAGAACAAGCGGGAAUCAAAGGGGCAUACAAAAACCAUCUGGCCCAAUGUCAGCGACAUCCGUUCCCGUCGUCCCCGCAACUUCAAACAGGUGGCACGACGCGGCUGCUCCCAUGCGCCUGCAAACAUGCCCGACGACCGACACGUGGGCAGGCAGAACAUCACUUUACCUUGGCGAGGGGACAACGCCCACGAUGGCGCAGCUCUUUGAAAGGUCACAGUUCUUCGACGAGGCACAAUUCUUAGACGACGGCAAAGCGCAGACGACGGUGCAACCGUUCGACAAGGGCUCAGCGCAUACGACGAAGGCGUCGAGUGCUUGGGGCCGUCUUGGGGUGGGAGGACGCAAAGGGGUGGGUGCUGUGGACACCCCGUUCUACAGAGAACUCGUUCUCGUGGGUGGUUUUGUUUUGGCGCGUGAGUUUUUCGACAAGCUGGAGGACAAGAACAUCGUUCUCGACGUCCCCUGCGACGUCGGCCCCUCCCGGGAGCUCUUGUUGCCGUUCAGGCCGUGCGGCGGUUGCGAGUCAAGCGGGGCGGUGGCGGAGGGCGGUGAUCUGGGUUCUGGUCCGGCUACUCGGCUGCACCGCGGCGAGAGCCGAGGACAGUUCGAUGACAUCGAGGAGGAGGGGCCUGCAGCGCCGUUGAGGGACAGGCAGCGGUCGGUGUUGUCUAUUCCAGGGGUCGACAUUGGAGAUCCGGUUCGACGGGAGAGUGCGGAACCUACAGGAAAGGUGGCAGCCUCUUCAAAGGUCGACUUGGAGGCGAGCGAGGGCCAGAGUGUGGAUGAGGUGACUGCGGGCAGCCUGGGCACGCAAGGCACUCCGCAAAAGAGGAGGGGGGAUCGCACAAAUGAUUUCGUCGGUUCUUCGAAGAAGCUGAAGAGCAAGGGCCUCAGGACUGCGGGAGAGAAACGAAAGGGGACCGAGGGGGAGGAGGGCCGGCAGGUUACCAAACGACCGGCUUCGAGACAGAAGCAACCUUCGUCUAGAAUGUCUUCUCCACCGACGAAAAGGCCUCCAAUCGACGUCGACGCCGGGUACUUCCUGGAGUACAAAGACGGCGUUCGGACAAAGAGGGAGUUUGAGGUUAGCCCUGCGCAGGUCGUCGACCUCGGAGACUGGGAGGACCUGUACAACCAGCGGUCCCUGGAUCCCAUGCUCGUGGAAGGGAUCAAAGAAGCGAUGCGGUUGGCGUUCGAAAACAAAGCGCAGUCUUACGAUUUGCCUACCCUGAAGCUGGCACCGCUGGGGCUUGAUAAAUCGACUCUGGGGACCAAGGCAGAACGUCUGAGGCCGGAGGAAUGGAGGGAUGAGCUGGCGGGGCAAUACUACUACUACGCGUGGGUCGACGAUGGCGAAUACAAUUUCAAGUUUACUUUGAAGAAGCAUUACAAAAGUGAUGGUUUUGUUGAUGGCAUCGCAAAGGGAUGCAAGGUUGUCGGGAGGAUGUUCGGCGGGUACGGCCAUCGUGCGAUGUCUCUGCCUCACUUUCUCCCUCUAGCGCCGGGGCACGACGAGGCCGUUCACGUCACAGACUUCCUCAAGGUCUGGGCGAAAUCUGGUACCUCUAUCAGUGUUGUGGACAUCGGACCUGGAACAUCGAUCGGUGGUCCUGUUGGGUUCGCGAGAGGAGAGUGCUCUGAAAGGGAGAUGGGAAGUCAGGGUGGCCUGCCAGCUACGCCUCCUGAUCAAGAGGUGAGCAUUCCAGACGACUCGGAGGACGACCAUCCGCGUGCUCCUUUGAAACCGGGCUUGCAUGUAUCUCGCCGCCACGGUUUGCUUGGGGAGUCGACGCCACAUGGAGGCGGCAAUGGCGAACAGUUGGGACAGGGCUCAGAAUCGACGACUCCUCGUGGUCUGGUCGAAAGGAUCGGUUCGUUCGUUCGUCGCAUGCAGGUGGCCGAGGUUUCGCCUGGAGAUCGAGCGGGUGGUCCGCACGUUCGAGAGACGGAGUUGAGCCAGGAACAAGAAGCAAGUGGGAACGUUUCCGGUGAGGAGGAGGUGUCCGAGCAGGGGUUGUUCCGUGAGAGAUCGGUUGAAAAGACUCAAUCAGGAGGCAAGCGCAACUUGCCAGAUGAGGAAGAGCGAGAGGGACUAGGUGCUCUGAAAAGGCAGAGAAAGGUAGGAGGGAGUGCUCGGACACCAACAACACGAGAGGGCGGUUCCGUUGAGAAGAGGAAAAGGGUUGGAGGUGGGGAUCAAACGCCAAAAGACUCGUCGACACAGCGAAGAACCAGUGAGUCUUCCGGGAAAAUGGCGAAAUCAUCGAAGGGGAAGAAAGCAGACGAGGGUGACAACGGGGAGGGGGAUGACGACCUGGAGAUUAACCUCAAAGCCUUUAACCUGGACAAUGCAUUUUUCCUCGAGAUACAGACAGGGGUGCAGAAGGACGUCGUGUUGCACAUCCAUCCCGAAAGAAUAUUAGCUAUUCCAGACUGGGAAGACGCGUACAACCACCGAUCCUUGGAUGAGUUCCUCGUUGAUACCAUCGCGUCGGCUAUGAUCGACUGCUACGAACGUAAAGACAUGAGAUACACGAAGCCCAUUUUCAUUCUCGCUCCGAUCGUCGCGCCUCCAGAGAAUGGCGAGCCUGCUGUGCGCGUGCUGCCUGCUGACUUCGACAGCUCACACCCGGAGAAAUACUGGUAUUAUCCUGUGUGUGGACACCAUAUCGCGAGGGCGGCGAUGAUGGUGAAAAACCAUCCCGUGUUUGAUUACUACAACUUCUACCAUUUCCAGCCAGUCCUUCUCGACGGCGAAUGGGCAGUGGCUGUGAGGGACGUAAGUGGAGGGUGGAUAUAUGACGAUCAUUGGGACCUCGAGACAUUCAAAUCUUGCGCCUACGAUGCGGUAUUGGAGAGAUUAAGUAAGGUCAGUCGAGGAAAUAAGGACGACCCUGCUCUUCGCGAAUACGGGGACACGCUGUUCGAGUUCUUGCAGUCAAAUAAAUGGUUGGAAGUGUCCUCUGCGUUCUACACCGUUCCGUCAAGCCCGUCAAUUAAGCAAGUGAGUUGGGAGUUGCCUGGGGUCACCCCGCCGGCAGGAGUUGUGAAGCACAAGUCUCGCGGAAACGACGGCGGCGUGUGCCUCUCCAAUGUGCAUUCGGCUGCAUACCUAGAAGAGUUUCCAACGGGUCAUCGCUGAACGUUGUGGAUGGGUGGCUUGGCCACUGUUGGCUGUGAGUGCGACACGGGCGAUUCGUGUUGGAGGUGCGAGUUUAUCGUGAGGCUUCCAGCUAUCAGCGCUGCGAUUACAGAUCGUCUGAUAGACGUCAACACCGGAGAUGGAUGGACGGGAUCUUAAAUUCGAUCGACACGCGUUUUUCAGAUGACGUCUCCGGUGUUGACGUCUAUCGGGUGAUAUGUUAUCGCAGCAGUGAUCACAUACCGCGAUUUUGAGGACGC